CGAGCCCUUGUCUGGUAAGGGUUUAAUUCAAAAAAAGCAUUUCAAGACUCUGUUACUUUCACAACUGUGCACGGUUAGAGCACAGUAAUUUUUGACAAAAAGAAAAUCCAGUUGCCAAGAAAAGAAAAGAGUGCUUAUAUACACAAAUCACAUGUUAAAACUUUAAAGUGCAAUCGAAAAAACCAUGACAAAUUAUUUAAAAAUUUUAUAUCUUUUGUAUGUUUGAAAGUGUAAUGUGACUUCGUGUGACUUGAAAUUGAAACAAACAAAACUUGGAACAAAAGAAGAACCAUAAUCAACUUGAAACAGACAUAUUUUGGUAUUAAACUAAAACGAGAUGAUUGAAGAGAAAACUUAAAAAAAUUAAACCAAAGCGUUAAAAAAAAACAAAAGUUCAAAAUUCAACAAAAUGAAACAACUACAAGUUGGAAAAUCUUCCUAAAACAAUAAAUACAACAAUAACAACAAAAUGUUAACAGUAAUUUAAUACAACAAGUCCUUUACACCAACCAAGAAGUAGAAAAUAUAAUUCAAGGAGCCCACAAAGCUAUACCCUCCUCCCUGCAUACACCUACAACCAGUUGUCUGCAUCUGCUUCAUAAUUCUCUUCUCCAAAAAACAAACAGGGGGGGACUUUUUAAACUGACAAACUAGUUUGGUAUGGUUUCGCUCCGCCAUGUCUAAAGUUGGGAAUACCUUGGAGACAACUGUCUAAUUUGCUAAUUAAAUACCAAAAAAAAAAAAUGUUUAAAAGAAAUAUUAAAGUUAAAAAAGAUUUAAACGCAUGCCAAGAACAAAAAAGAACUACUUAACCAAGAUUAAAAUGAAAACACAUUUAAAUAAUCACCCCAAAGGAAACAAAAAACGCAAGACUUAAAACUAAAACUCCAAUUAAAUUGAAUUCCCAAGCAAGAAAAAAAAAAAACCAAACAAUCCGAAAUAAAAACUGAAGCAAACGAAUGUGAUGACAAACUAAUAAAAUAAAUUAAAAUACCUUAAAAUUUUUUCCAUGAAGAUCAUUAAUUAAAAAUUAACAAAAAAAAAAAAAAGAAAAAACAAGAAACAAAAACUUUCUUCCCUCAAGAAUAGCAUAGCCGCUGUAAAAAACCAAAAGACACAACACAAGAAAAACGUAGACAUUUAAUUAAACAAAUUUAGUAGAGAUUACAACACACCACGGCCAAGAAGCCACACAAUAAUUAAUUAAUUAAUUACUCGAUAUAACAAAACAACAACAAAAAAAAGUUGCGAAAGACCAAAGCCAAGGACAAACAAUUCCCGGCAAACUCCCCUCCACGAAAUUUUGUACAGUGAUAAAGUCCCUCAAGCCUCCCCUCGACCCCCUCCAGCCCCAAGGGAAAGAAGAUAAACAGAAACUCUCUCCCUUCCUCUAUCUCUCUCUCUCUCUCGCAAAGACACAAACAUUUACUCAGACGCACAAAGACAGUGAUUCUUAUACGGCUCCCAACACAAAUACAUAUACACAACAAUAAUAGUAUGCAUUGUACAUGUAGUUGUAAUUUAGGAUUAAAUGCAAACAACAAAAACAAAUUGUUAAAUUAAUUAAAAGAGAAACCCAGUCGCAAGAGAUACAAAAGAAAAACCCCAAGAAACUUGUUGAGUACUAGUUUUGUUUUGUUAACUGUUAUAAAAACUAGUCACACACACACUCAAACACACACACACACACACAUUCGUACAGAGACAGUUAUCCCCUUAAUACUUGCAUACACUGACAUUAACAUAAGCCCAAACGCGCAGUAACUAACAAACAUCAACAAAAGGGUGACUAAGGAAACGGAAAUUAAAGAGGAAGAAACGCCGAAAAUUGUCUGUAUAUGCGUUUGAGCAAAGAGCCGGAGCCCCAGUAAGCACCCAACACCUGUAAGCCCAAAAGUGAACUGUGAUCUUCCAAUGGUGUUCCUCGACCACACACUCCACGCACACACGCAACCACCACAAUAAGGUGCAAGAAUUAUGCCCCAGCAGGACCUACCCCAUUCACAUUUCUCAGAGCAGGCCAAUGAGCAGCAACAUCAAUCGUCGUCGACAACAACAACAGCUGCAGCAACUAAAGCAGUAGUAGUGGUACAAAGCCGCCCUUUGAGCUGUGUUUAGCAGUGAAUGUUUAGUUCUCAGGGUAGCUGCUUGGUGUUCGGAAGAGCAAGAAGAAGAAGAGGCAGGUGUUACAGGGGCAGGAAUUGGAGCAGGAGCAGGAGCAGGAGCAGAAGCAGAAGCGGGAGGAUUUGUGAACUGUUGUUGGUGGUUGUAGUGCCGCUGCUGCUUGACAAGGGGGCACUGACUUCGUUGGGGCCAGGGGCGUGACCACAACUAAUUAAAGAUUUAUUCGCGUCAGUCUUCUCCACCGCCACCGCACAGAUUGCAAUGCUCUGGUAGCCAAGACAGUUUUGCCGUGGAUCACUAUUGCGAUUCACAUCACACAAAUAGCCUAAGGGGAGCGGCGGCGGCAGGAAUUGUUGGCGGUGGCGGUGUUGGAGUUGGUGGAGGUGGCUGUGUACAAUGGUCGUCGUCAUCACAAGCAGCUGCGGCGUCAGCUGUAGGCCAAGGUUGUGUAGGUGGUGGUGGCGGCGGCGCCGGAGGCGGAGUCGGAGUCGGCCUAGGGAAUUGCUCGUCGUCAAUUGGAAACUCAGCGGCGUUGGGCACCAUGUGUCCGCACGGCAAUGCAAUGCCUCCCUCACUAGCACAAUCGAUGAUGUCGUCCGGUGGUGGUGGCGGUGGCGGCGGCCACCACAACAACGGCAGUCUUCUAGGUUCACACAUUUCGCUCAGUGGCAUAGCCAUGGCGGGCCGCUCAAUGGAUGAUAUAUUGCCACCGCCGCCCUCAGUCAUGGGUGGCGGCCACUGUCGCAGCAUGAGCGGCCUUAAUAACCUUAGCCUAGGGCUUCCAGCGGCACCAGUGCCUCCGCCACCCAGUUUUAAUCCAUGUAGUUCAAAUAGCAUAAGUAGCAUGUCAAUACAGGGACCGUCUUCAUCGCGCUGGGGUCCACGCACAUCAUGCCCGGUGCACAGUCCGUUUCGUGUGCGAGUGCCCAAUGGGUCAAUAUGCUCUGGACAUCAGGCCUUGUUGCAUACUCAUGACGUUGUGGCGCGCGAUGUAUAUGGGGAGGAGGCAUUGCGGGUGACACCACCGCCUAUGCCCCUCUAUUGUAAUGGUGAAGAUUUAGAUAAUACCGAUGCCGGUGAAUUACAACAUGUGACCAGAGUACGAUUGGUGCAGUUCCAAAAGAAUACAGAUGAGCCAAUGGGUAUCACAUUAAAGAUGACCGAAGAUGGACGUUGCCUGGUGGCGCGCAUUAUGCACGGUGGCAUGAUACAUCGACAGGCAACGCUGCAUGUUGGCGAUGAGAUACGUGAAAUCAAUGGCCAGUCAGUGCAGAACCAAUCCGUGGGGCAAUUGCAACGAAUGCUGCGUGAGGCACGCGGUUCUGUUACCUUUAAAAUAGUUCCUUCUUAUAGAAGUGCUCCUCCUCCAUGCGAGCUUUUCAGGAUAAGACCAGCUCCAGUUCUAAUCUUUGUGCGAGCACAAUUCGAUUAUAAUCCCUUGGACGAUGAGCUGAUACCGUGCGCUCAAGCAGGCAUAGCCUUUCAAGUGGGCGAUAUAUUGCAAAUCAUUAGCAAGGAUGACCAGCAUUGGUGGCAGGCUCGUAUCGAUGCUGUGGGUGGUUCAGCUGGCCUCAUACCCUCACCGGAAUUACAAGAAUGGCGUAUACGUUGUCAAACUGUAGAUAAAACCAAAAACGAACAAGGAGAUCCCGAUGCUGGAUGUUCCGCUCACACAACAGAAGGGUGUGAUGGAUCCGCAGUUAAUUGCUCCAUAUUCGGGCGGAAGAAGAAGCAGUGCCGUGACAAAUAUUUGGCCAAGCACAGCGGCAUCUUCGACAACUUGGAAUUGGUCACAUACGAGGAGGUUGUAAAAGUGCCGGUUGGCGAUCCAAACUUUCAACGCAAGACCCUAGUUUUAUUGGGUGCUCAUGGUGUGGGUCGACGUCAUAUCAAAAAUACUUUAAUAUCCAAAUAUCCUGAUAAAUAUGCUUAUCCCAUACCACAUACAACCAGACCUCCAAAACCGGAUGAGGAAAAUGGCCGUAGCUAUUACUUUGUUUCGCAUGAUGAAAUGAUGGCCGAUAUAGCUGCAAAUGAAUAUCUGGAAUACGGCACUCACGAGGAUGCGAUGUAUGGCACCAAGCUGGAUACAAUUAGACGUAUACAUACCGAAGGUAAAAUGGCAAUCCUCGAUGUAGAGCCUCAGGCAUUGAAGAUUUUACGCACAUCCGAAUUCACGCCAUAUGUGGUGUUUAUAGCGGCACCUUCUCUACAAAAUAUAGCAGACUAUGACGGCAGCUUGGAGCGGCUGGCCAAGGAAUCGGAUAUGCUGCGUCAAAUGUAUGGACACUUUUUCGAUUUGACAAUCGUCAACAACGACAUCAGCGAGACUAUAGCGUGCCUGGAGAGUGCCAUUGAGCGCGUGCAGACAACAUCGCAAUGGAUACCGGUUUCAUGGAUGUACUGACAAGACAGUGAGCUCGAAUGUCCCGAUUGUUUGGAGGGCUGCGAUUGUGAAUGGGAAGCCUAUACAAAUGGGCAGUGUGCGACAGAGAAAUGGCAAAAUUUCUAAGGAGCUAAGAGCUGAACCGAACGAAAGGACGUUGGACAGACAUACAGCAUGCUAACACAAAAACAUUCGACACCUUUAACACACACAUAUAUAUUUAUAUAUAUAAACAUGCAUACAUACAUACAGACGUACACACUUAGACAACAUUGAACUAAAAAACCAGCAGCAGCCGCAGCAGUUAUCCCAGAAUGGACAUGAUGAUGAAACAUGAAAAAGGAUAACAUGAAAAACAAACAAAAACCCCUACAACUACAACUACAACAACACAACAGCACAUACUUUUAAUUAAGUUUAGUAAAACAAAAACAAAAACAAAAACCAACAGCAACUACAAGUUAUUAACAACAAAAUGAAAAUUAUAAGAGAAAAAGCAAAACACAACAACAAAAAAGGCAACAAAAAGCACAAAGCAAAACUAAAUAACAAACCAGAGAAACAAACCUAAAGAAAGAAAAACAAAACAAAACAAAACAAAAAAGAACAUGCAAACACAAGUAGGAGUAUUUCAAAGAAGAACAACAACAAUGAAACCAAAAAAACCCCAAAUGAAAUAGAAGAAGAAGAGGAGAGUUGAAUAAUAAAAUAAAAAAAAAAAACAAAAAAUCCCCAAACAUGAAAAAAUGAAACAAAAGAAAAUGCCUUCAACAUUUACGAAAAAAACACAAGAACAACAAAAGCAGAAAAGUUAAGUCACAAGGAGAUGAAGAAGAACAACACAACCCUACAUGAAAACAAAAAAUUCAAAAAAAAAAACAUCAAAACACCUUUAAAAGCAAUGAAAUUGUUAUGAAAAGAAAAACAAACGAAAAAAGUCAUGAAAGAAAAUUAAACCAAAAAACAAAGAGCUCUCGCUUUCACAAUCACCAACAUCACACUCUCCCAAACAAAGCUCAAACAAAUCAGUCAUACCUCUUCAAACAGGAUAAACAUCCUACACCACAAUCCCAUACUCAUCUUUUGGCCCCACACACACACACAUACACAGCCACAGCCACAGCAACAGAACAGAGCACCGGAAACGAGAGGCGAUGAAAAAGCUAAUCAUUAUUUAGAUGCAAAUAAGAUGUUAAUUUUUGCCACACAGCAAACCAAAGCCCACCCGCAGAACCCUGACCGCCCACCCGCAAACAAAGCAGCUACCAACACCCAGCCUCAGCCUAGCGAAAAUUUGUAAAAAAAAAUUCCUAGAAAAUUCCAAUUCUUUUGUUUUUGACAAAUACAUGACCACAGACACACACACACACACACACACUCAGUGAUAGCAUUCCACAUUAGACUGGAAAAGGAAGUGGAACGAAAACAGCAUAAGGUUUCCUUUGAGCACCACAAAGAGACUACCAUCCGUGUCCCCCCGCCACAAAAACAUUCUCAAAACCGGAAGAAGCAGAAAAAAAUCUCUUCCUAUGCAGCAACACUCAUUCGCUCAAUCGCUGGCUCGCUCCAUCUCACCCCUAUUGCUGCCUAGCAUGAAGCAUAGCACAGGCUUUUGUUCAUACGACAUGUAUUUAAGAUUAACCAUUUAUUUGAUAUCCUUUUUUGUGUAUGUGUAUAAUUAUUGUAUUUCAAUUCCAAUUUGUACUUUGUAUAGUUUUUAUUCACAAUUGUAUUUAUGAUGAGUAAGAUGAGUAAGAGAAGGAUGAUGAUGCAGCCACACUGACUAAUUGACAGGCCGACAUACACAUGAACAGACGGACGGACGGACAUACUGAUGAGUAUUAGAACUAUUACAAGCAUAAUUUGGCAGCAGAGACAGACGUAACGAGACAAGUCAAUAUCGAAAUUAGUUUUAUGUAAUCAGAUGAAGAAAAAAAAAUGUAAGAAAGGAAGAAAGUUA